AUGUCUUCUCCAAAAGAUGUUUGUCAUUUCGAAGACCACAUGUCUUCAAGCAAUAAGGUUGACUCACAUUUUCAUGGAGAGCACUUACAUUCACAUGACCAACAUGGGCAUACUCAUGAACAAUUAGAUAACCCUGGUAAAUACACUGAAAGAGAAAAACCUUUAUAUGAAAGAAGAAAUUGGAAAGAACGAGCUUUUACAGUAGGAAUUGGCGGGCCAGUAGGUUCAGGAAAAACGGCGCUAAUGCUGGAAUUAUGUCGAGCACUUCGAGACCGUUACUCCAUUGCAGCAGUUACCAAUGAUAUAUUUACUCGAGAAGAUACGGAAUUUCUUGUCCGUAAUAAGGCGUUACCUGUAGAACGUAUUCGAGCUAUUGAAACUGGUGGAUGCCCUCACGCUGCAAUUAGAGAAGAUAUCUCAGCCAAUUUAAAUGCUUUGGAAGAACUUCACGCUAAAUUUAACACCCAAAUAUUAUUAGUAGAAAGUGGUGGUGACAAUUUAGCUGUAAUUGAUGUGGCGGGAGGUGAUAAAAUUCCUCGUAAAGGUGGACCGGGUAUUACUCAAUCUGAUCUUUUAAUUAUUAACAAAACCGAUCUCGCUGAAAUUGUUGGUGCAGAUUUAAAUGUCAUGGAAAGGGAUGCACAUAAAAUGAGAGAAAAUGGGCCAACCUUGUUUGCUCAAAUAAAAAAUGGCGUUGGGAUUCAAGAAGUAGUUGAAUUGAUUUUAGGGGCAUGGCGGUCAUGCGCAGCCGAAGAUGUUUAA